AUGCAUCGCCUGCCACGACACGGAGCGGAGAACGAGCUGAUGCAACUUCCGGACUCGGACGAGUUCUGCGGCGACAACGGCUUCACUGUCGGAGAUCUUUGUACUGCUGAGACAGAAGACCUUUGCGUCAACGUGGCGACCACUUCCAUCGACUUCCGAAUUUGCAAGACCUACUGCCCGGGCGGCACUGUGUGGCCUCGCGCCAAGCGGACUUUUUGGCACUUGAGGCACACUUCCAUUGACUCGCAGAUCACGGGGCUCUCAGCAUACAAGCCAACGAUGCAGCGGUGCACUCCGAAACUGGCUUGCAGGCCUGGCAACGUCUGCAGCAAGGAAUACAAGUCGUCAGCUUGCUCCGAGUGCGUCUUCGGCUACUUCAAGAAUGCCGGGACGGGGCUGUGCGACGCCUGUGGCGAGGCGCAAGUCAUCGGCAUGAUCAUCAUGGCCAUCUUCAGCGUCAUCGGCUCAUUCGGCUGCUUGGUGUUCUUUGCCUUCUUCAUGCGCUUCAAUGCCGACAUCGUCUUCAAGCGCGAUAUCUUGAAGGCCUUCCAGCUGUACAUCCUCACUCCACUCAAGAAGAGCAACGUUUUCGCGAAGGCCAAGAAGAAAUCGGAGCUCCGCAGGGCUGUGACCAUCCACAAGCAAGACUUGGGUCUCAGCUACAGCUAUUCCAAGUACAAGGAGCUGGGCAUGGUCUUUCGAGUUGACGAGAGCAACGUGGUGCAUCUGGCCGGUCUGAUGCCCGACUCGCCAGUUCGUGGCAAGGCUUUGGUGGGCUGGAAGUUGAAUACGAUCAACGGCCGCCGGCUCAAGGUCCGCAAGGAAGCCGAAGUGCAAGAGUUGAUCAGCAGGUGUCGCUUCCCGCUCCGGCUCACCUUCUCCGCGCCCCGGAAGUCCAAGGAGCAGGAAAGACAGGAGAUGGAAGGUCGGUCUGCCGAGGGCGUCAACUUCGACGACGACCGGAAGAUGCUGGUGGUCAUGCUCGGGGUCCUCACGUCCUUCACGAAAGUCUCCGGCUUUGACUUUCAGUGGCCCGACACGUUCACCGAGCUGGUGAAGAUCGCGCAGAUGUUCUCCUUCAAUCUGAACUUCUUUGCGCCGGAGUGUUCGGCCGAGACGCCCUACAUCAACAAGUGGUUGGGCUUCCUAGUGAUCCCCUACUUCAUGAUCAUGCCCCUUACGGCGGCCUACAUCAUGGCGCUGAUGGCGACCCUCCCUGGACUGGGUCCAGAGGCCUUUCAGACAAAGAAGGCCCUGCUCACCAACGCCUGGGCGCGGUGCAUUUGUAUGGUGCUCCUGGCCUUGCUACCUUUCCAUCUGGACACCAUUCUCAUUCCCUUCGCGUGCAUCAACGCGGGCGACGGCAUCUACGUCCUGUCGGAUGUGCCCAGCGUCUUUUGCAGCACGAAUGACACGACCUUCAUGACGAUGUUCAGCGUGGGAACUAUGGCCAUGCUGGUCUUCAGCACUGGUUUCAGCUGGCUGGUCUACUGCAUUUGGUGCAGCUACCAGUGGCAGCAAGGAUCCCGCCACAGGGGAAUGAUCCCUUUCUAUGUUGCGAUGGUCGAAGUUUCCACCUUUGGCCAGCGAGGCUACUCAGCAGAGGUGCGAGCUCGGGUGAUGGAGACGCUUGGCCCGCAGGGCUUCAUUACUUAG